UUCAAAAAAAAAAAAACGCACACACACUAAAAAAAAAAAAAAAUCUGAAACCAGAUAAAUACAACAAGGAGCAACAAAAGUAGGUGUGUAUUGGCCAAAAACCAAAGCCACAGAGCCUAAAAACCAUACCAAAAGCCACAAGACAGAGAGAGAGAGAGAGCUAUUUCUGUCUGUCUGUCUUGGGGUUAGGGGCUUUUUGAUUAAGGCAGCUGAGAGUUUGUCAAUCCCACUGCUCCAACGGACUUCUUCUUCUUCUUCUUCAGUGGUCCUCUUCCUCUGCCUCUCUCUCCAACCAGAUCCGGGUGAUCCAGUUGGGGUUGAAAAAAAAUUCUCAGCUAAGGGUUCUAGAUUUUGUUUUUUUUAGCUUUACUUCUAGUACCAUGUGGUGUCGUAUUCUUCACGGUAAGGGUUGCUGUCAAAUUCAACAACUAGCUUUUGGAAACUUCUUUCAAUUUUGACCUGUAAAUGUGGGUUUGGUAAAUGUAUUUUUAAGCAAAGAGAAGAAAAAAGAGAAAAAGCCAAUAUUUGAUUUGAAGCUUAGCUGAGAUUCUGAAAAGGUCAUUGGGAUCAGAACCCAUAACCAUAGAAGCAUAAGCUGGUCUUCUGAUUGGUAUCUUUGGAUUUGGUUGGGGGGAGCAAGAAAUUUGCAAUGACUAUUGGCAAGACCAACAGCAGUAGCAGACCAUUCACACAUCCAUGCAAUUGUUAUAAAGUAGAGAGCUUGACUGAAACCAUUUUGGAUGCAAAUCAGACCUCGAAUUUGAAAGAUCGGUACACUCUUGGGGAGCAAUUGGGUUGGGGGCAGUUUGGUGUUAUCAGAGUGUGCUCUGAUAAAUGGACUGGAGAGUUAUUAGCAUGCAAAUCCAUUGCAAAAGAUAGAUUGGUUACAUCAGAUGAUGUGCGGAGCGUGAAGCUUGAGAUUGAAAUAAUGGCAAAACUAUCUGGGCACCCGAAUGUUGUAGAUCUCAAGGCAGUGUAUGAGGAGGAACACUAUGUUCAUUUGGUUAUGGAACUUUGUGCUGGAGGGGAGCUUUUUCACCAGUUAGAAAAGCAUGGACGAUUCACUGAGUUUGAGGCCAGGGUUCUCUUUAGGCAUCUGAUGCAAGUGGUGUUAUAUUGUCAUGAGAAUGGGGUUGUUCAUAGAGAUUUGAAGCCUGAGAAUAUCCUAUUGGCCACAAAAGCCUCAUCUUCUCCAAUCAAAUUGGCAGAUUUUGGUCUUGCAACCUACAUAAAACCUGGGCAGAGUUUGCAUGGGCUAGUAGGGAGUCCAUUUUAUAUAGCUCCAGAGGUACUUGCUGGGGGCUAUAACCAGACUGCCGAUGUUUGGAGUGCUGGGGUUAUUCUUUACAUUCUUCUUAGUGCGAUGCCACCAUUUUGGGGAAAGACAAAGUCACGAAUAUUUGAUGCCGUCAGGGCAGCUGAUCUGAGGUUCCCAUCUGAUCCCUGGAAUCGCGUAUCAGAAUCUGCUAAGAAUCUCAUCAGGGGAAUGCUUUGUACAGAUACUUCUCAAAGGCUUACUGCUCAGCAGGUCUUAGAUCACUCCUGGAUGAAGGACAGCAGUCCCGAAGAUCCAAGUGCACGUGAAAACCAUAGUUGUGGAGAAUUGGGAAUAGGCAGUGGCUCUUUCUCUAACUCAUUUAUGUCCAGGAAUGAAGAUAUCAGCUUUGGCGCUGGAUCACCUGUUACAUGUGACGUAGAAUCACCUACAUUCACAUGCAGAUCAUCCUUUUCCACUUUCAUGGCAGAACCAUCAACACCACUCACUGCAUCUGGUGGAUUUUCUUUCCGUAGCAUUGGUGAUUCUAAUGACUUGGAAUUCUCUUCCCCCAUUCCUUCAAUGCCAAGUUUUGCAUUCUUUAGUCCUGGUUCUGCGAUUGAACAAGGGAGUUGUGCAUUAGAGUUUUCAACUAACAUACCUAGAGUGGAUGCAAUUCAAGGAGAGGCAAGCUUGGGGAAGCUGUUCAUGUUACCGGAUUCUACUCUUUGCUUUGGACAUGAGGCAAAAGAAGUGGAACACAAGGCAUCUGAAGUUAGAAGGGCAGGAGGAACGAUUGGGUCUAGGAUGUUGGGCAUCGGUAGCAAGAGGAACCAUACAAUUGGACUUGGUGAGCACGAGCAACUUGAUCUCAUGGUGUCUGAAUCAGUCAUUCGAUGGUCGUCAUGCACACAUCUUCCUACUUCUCUUAGAUCCUCUCUCGUAUGUUGAAAGUAUGGACUGGCUGACCUCAUUAAACUAAUUGGUGGUUCUGAUGAAGUGUCUUAAGUGUUAUGGGAAUGGCAUACCAAGAUGGAGUUUCAUGCUAGUGUGUUGUAUUAUACUUGUGCCCUAGUUGCUAAAUCCCGGUGAUUUAGUGCCAGUUUGAGUUUUGCUUUAAUCAGUGUUGGUAUGAGUGAUGUCUUUCUGGUUUGAAGAGUUAGUGUUAGGUUCUUUUUUUCACCGGUAGUUAGUGUAACUUGUGGCUAAUGGACUCUUACCUUGUGUAUAAAGUUGCUUCUUUGCUAUAUGAAUUUUUCCAAGUUUCAUAUUA